AUGGAUGCGGACCUCCCCAAUGCCAAACGGCCCAGGGAGAUUGCCAAGCCGGGAGCUCCCGGACCCAGGAAGGGGAAUCAUCAGGGCGGCAAAGGCCGCGGUCGCGGUCACCGACAGUGGGGACGGGGAGGAGGGCAGGGACCCAAGAUCUCGGACGGUACUUCCUUGGAGGAAUUGGUGCGCCUCAUGGCGCAGGUUCUACUUCGGCAAGGAGAUCAGUUACAGCGCCUGUCCUUAGACACCGGAUUCUUCCUGAUUCUUCAGACCCCUCCGCAACCAGGCUCGAUCACCAACACGAUGUUUCGGGUCACUUCGGCUUGGAAGAAGUUGAUGAAGGAAACCCCGGAAAAGCUCGACCGGCCUCUCCGCCAGCACAUGAUCGAAUGCCUCUUCCUCGAGCUUGCGGCACGGGCUCAGUUGGUUCGGAAACCGGAGGCGAAAGCAGAGGCACAGCAACUGGGCAUCAUCAACGACAAAGGCGACUGGAACUACCGGAUCUGGAACGCCACGAGCCAGAAGUUGGAAGUCGACCAAAAGCGAAUGCCCCUGAAGGCGGACACAUUCCUGGAGCAGAUCGACAAAGCCACGGCGAUUGUGCGCCGACCGGAUGUGAUCACCCGCUUUCAGGCCAUCGCCCUGCUCUCGGAGACGACGGAGAACGCCAGCAUUCCAUUUCUGUUGGACCUCAGUCUGAGGGAGCAGGAGCUUCACAACAUCAUGUUGGACUGGUGCGAGCUGGCGGUCUUCGAACUGCUAGCAGGGCGACUUCGUCGCGCAAGGCUCAAGCGAAAUCAGUGUUAUGCGAAUGCGGUUAUCCUGGCACUGUCUAGGCUGCUUCAGCCCAUCUGCUAUGCUGGGCACAGGUUCGCAUGCACCCACCUGGGGCAGGUGCUCAGAUCUGUGCAAACUGCUAAAGUGUCGAAGGCCCUCACCCUGCGCAACUUGACUGCGUGGUCCAGCUUGGCAGAUCAGUGGUCGGAGCCCUAUCGGCAGCAUGACGCGGCCGAGUUCUUGCAGCAUGUUCUGAGUUCGGUCGACUCCGUCCUCGCUCUCAGUCCAUGGGAGGCUUUUCCGGAUGGGGAUGAUGGAUCACUCACGCGUGAUCGGGGCUCUGGCGUUGUCCUCAUUCCCAUGCGUAGACCAGAUCAACAAUUGCAUCCGGACAUCCAGGCCAGUGUGGACGACUGGCACCAGCAAAGGCACCUUCAUGCGUUUCGCUCAGAUGCCGAGUGGGUUGUACUUCAGCUUGACCGUUUUAAGGGUCGUGGGGUCUUUCAGGUUCGUGACAAUGCCGCGCUGCCCAUUCCGGGUCGCCUAUGCUUGCCAGUGUGCACCUCUCGGCAUGCCGUGCAUCAUCAGAUUUAUCACACCACAGCUGUGGUGUUGCACUAUGGUGCUCAGGUGUCCUCGGGGCACUACCGUGUUUUACUGAUGGGGCAGGGGUCGGGGAAUGCCGGUGCAAGUGCUGUGCAUUACAUCACAGAUGACGACCGUCAGGCUGUGCGUUGUGGAACAUCCGAGCUUGAAAAUUUGGCGUCCCGAAGCUACUUGCUCUUCAUGCAACGUGCGACGCAGCCUGUCCUGUCGGGUGAUGCGCUCCAUGCCUGA